CAGAGAGGGGUAGGAUCAGGAUUUUGGGUUUGGGUGACGCGUUUUAAUCACGUGCCCUUAUUUGAGAGCGCCUGGCGUACAUUUCUUUCCCUUCUCUCCACUCCAGCAGCGCCCAUGUCAACCGGGCACACCAUCAGCGUGCCACAAAGCGCUAGAUGCUCCUGAUCGCCGUGACCCGACAGGUUCACGUUAGUUCACAGGGUUCAUCUGAGGAGAGGUCUCGGCCCCUCCUGUUCCCCGGAGACCUGGAGCGGAGCAAACCCUAAAUGUUAUUCAUUUCUGUAUCAAUAACGGAUUUCCAUUCGCAGUCACCGACCCGACGAAAAGGUUCAGAGGGGGUUGUAACUGCACUCCCUUUUGCAAUGGGAAGUCCUGAUAGCUGAAAAUUUCAUUAAUAGCUGGUUCAUCACGGCUGGCUGAUGACACCUCAGCUCCAUAAAAUUCCAGUAUUUGUUUCCGACUCAUCACUCUGCACAAUCCUACGACAUGGCCAGCAAAAGGAAAUCUACGGUUCCAUGUAUGAUUCCAUCAAAAAGCAAGCACAUGCGAGAGGACAUCAUACUGGGGUGCUUACCUGAGCUCCUACCCACAAUACCUGAAGAUAGCAUUCUCAGUAUCUCAAAAGGCGAGGAUACGCAAAGAUUCCACAAUGUCUCGAAAACCAAGGCGAAGGCUUCGUGCUGGGAAAGGGGAACAUACGGCUGCCCUCUGUGCUGCUUCAAUUCCGGAGACUUGAAUCUGUUUCUCAAUCAUAUGGACAACUGUCACGUGGACUUUCAUGCUCAACCAAACUUCUACUGCGUGUCAUGCAAAGUCACAGCAGUGAAGUUUGAAGGUCUUGCUUUACAUAACGCAAAAUCACAUCCUGAACUCCAUACGGCGCACAGGAAAAUAUCACUUCAGGUCACCAAAAGAGAUGGGGCGAUUACAGUUGAGCAAACCUUGUUUACAGAAGAGGAUUUCAAUGAAUCCGGCAUAUCCAUUACCAAGACACCCAUAAUGAAAAUGACCAAAGGGACACACAAAAAAAUAGUUGUCUCCCACACCGUUGAGGUACAAAGAGCUGAACCUAAAAACAACAAGCCUGCAACUGUAACCAACGGCACCCUACCCCUAUCGAUAUCACCACAACAAAUCAUCAGUGGCGCUGGUGCUCUCCAAAUGCAUAAAAUCCCAAACAUGUUCGGUACACCAGGGAUGCAUACCCGUGUCCCUCUGUGGAACUCUAAUCCUUCAUCACCUGAUUCAAACGGUGAUCUCCCAAAAGUCAUGAUUCCUCUAAGUAGUAUCCCCACAUAUGAUCCCGCUAUGGACUUGAGUUGUUUCCUUAAAGCAUCCUUUGGUAAGUUUCCUUACCCUACCAAAGCAGAGCUCUGCUACUUGACAGUCGUAUCUGGCUUUCCAGAAGAACAGAUCAAGCUUUGGUUCACAGCCCAAAGGCUGAAGCAAGGGAUCAGCUGGUCUCCCGAAGAAAUCGAAGACACACGUAGAAAGAUGUUCAACACUGUAUUCCAAGCUGCACCGAAAACGUCACAAAAUCAGUCGCAUCAUCAUAUUUCCCAACACUGUGUUUCUGUCCACCCUGCAUCUUCAAGCUAUAUACAACAGAUACCAAAGGGAAGCGUUAUGGGUUGGAAAGGAGGGGUCAUAGUCAGUCAGCCUAGCGUGACCCAGGCCACAUCCCUUCAGCAGCAGCCAGUGGUCCAGGCGCCACAUGUAAAUAUCCAUCAUGCUGUCAUCCCUAAGGAAACUGGAAAUGAAUUAGCUGAGAACUUUGCAAACAGAGUAGGUAGCAUUACCGAUCAUGGACACACUGGAAAAAGUGAGACUGGCUGCAGUACAUCUAGCAAGACUAACGUUAGCUGCUUGCCGGUGGUCACUAAGAGCCAAAGCAGCGGUUACAAUGAGGGCAGCAUUAUGAAUCUGACUAACAUUGUCAGAAAAAUUGACUGUCACAUAAAUGACAGAAGCGCAAACUGCACCAGCAAAUCUAAUAUCAGUUCAGCUUCCAUUUAUAGGCAACAAAAAGCAUCCAGUAACACUAAAGAAAGCAGCCAGAGCAGCUUUGCCACCACCAGCAAACAUAACAAUGGAAGCACUUAUAAAAGCACCAGCCACAGUACUAUUUGCACUAAAAGGGAUGGAAACAUGUCAGACAACACCAGCAAAAAAAGCAACACUGACACUAGUGUUAUUUGUAGCAGCAACAUACAAACUGAAGAGUUUAUAUCACCCCUUACCCAUAGCCUGAUUUCCCAGUCUGGAAGUCUCAACGAUCCAUCCCUUAGAAAAGGCAAGUUAUUGCCCGAGCUCCCGGGGACUCUGAAGCAAAGCUUUAUCCAUAACCCAUUCCCAGAACAAAAGCAGGUUCAAGGUCUGCCUGGAAAGGAGGUCCACAAUCAAGCGUUCGUUGUACGUACUUUUACAGACGGCCAAUCUGCUUUAGGAGCACCGUUUAGUAAAAACUCCCUCCAUUCUAACCCUACAACAAGUUUGUGCAUUCAAGAGGAACCGAAUCAACACUCCUCUCCAUCCCUUUCUGCUCCCCAAGAGCAAACUUCUCCAAAAACCCUUCUGGGAACCCCUCAGGUUCAGUCCCCAGACUUUACUGCCACCCCUUUCAAGGAUCCCAAGCACUUACCUGCCUUAGACAAAGACUCCAAGCUAUCCAAUUUUGAUGCAGAACGAUUGCACUCUAACAGAAACGUAACGCAAAAAGGUGAAGGAAUGACGUUCGAACAGCAGACAACGUUUUAUAAGGCUGACAAAAACGCACUACAUACCUUUACGAACGAGAACACUAACGAGACCGCUACCAAACAAGGAAUGUCGCUGUUACGACAAUACGUACAAGACGUGGACCAAUGGGAUCGCAGCAGCUCAUAUCCUGAAGAGUCAAACAUGAGCCCGAUGAAGAUAAAUGUUAUAGCAUUGAACAAAGAAGAAAGGUUGUACAAGACCAACAGCAUGCAGCUGAUGAGCAAACUGUCGGAGAGCUGGGUCAACAACGGUGGUCCUAGCCAUAACAAUCAAUCUUCAGAAUGGCAGGAAAGCUUUCACCGUGUACCAGCUAAGGAACAAGCUGCUGACGAGUGUAUAUCUGAUAACACCGGACCGCGUCAACCGGACAACAAGGCUAACUUUCUGGAGUUCGAAAGUGAGCGAGUCAAAUGUGAGCGGAAAAGUAUUUUUCAGAGUCUGGACGCUGAAGCUCCGGUGCUGCCAAUAAAUAAAAAGUCAAAGGAAACUAUGGAGGCAUUAGACAAAUCAACAGUCGGAGAACAAGAUUACUGGGAGAUCAAGCGCGAGGAGCAUCAACAACCAAUGGCCAACCAGACUUUAAGGGGGCAUCAAGCUCAAGACAGUCAGUCGAGAGACUGUCUGAGAGGAGAGCUUCUGAAAGUUUAAGGAUUUCACUCCUCGAGAGGAAGAGGCCGAGGAUCCCGUAUUCAUCCAGAACAUUACAUUUCUUGUUUUCUUUAACUAUGACAGCGGAUGAGAUUGUAACGUUUGCGACGGUCAAUGGACUUGAGUUUUGGCAAAAAAGCCAAUCCGGAGAGUAGCCGCUUUAAAUGUAGGUCUGAUUUGAUUUACGGACAUAUAAAUUCUGUGUAGGAAACUAUGUUGUGUAUGCUUGAAACUGCACUAUUGAGGGUGUACUGGACGUUAGGAAUGUCAGUUAGAUAUCGUGAUACUUAUUCAUAUUUCAAAUAAUCAGCACUUCUGCAAUGCCUUGGGUUUUACCAUAUUCGUUGGGGCGUCCCAACCAACUUUUCUUUCUUUAUGUCCAGUUCUCUACGGCUUAUUUUUCCACACAACAUCGAGCAGUUAGCGACAAAUCGUGCACUAUUACUCGCUUUAGUGGUGUCUGUCUGCACACAGAACAAAUCGGCCAGACAUUGCCUUAAAACAUCACCUUCCUAUUUCUAUGACUGGCUGCACAAACAAGCUUAUGUGUUAAUGUGUGUAUAAAAUGGGGGUGUAGAAUCCCAAAAGAACUGCUGCUAUAUCUUUGGAGGUGUUUUUAUAAGCAUUAACAAGACUAUAUGUGAAAAGCUUAAAAAAGAAACGAAAUGUUAAUUUAUGGUGGAGAAAGUUUAAAACUGUGUGCUUACAAUUCGAGGGAUUUACAGUUCUCAUAAACAGAUGGAAAACAUGCUCUGCCAACUGGAUAUUCCCUGUGUUUAUAGAUGAAGUCGGGCUACAUAUAUAAAUAUAUAUACAGUAUAUAUAUAUAUACACAUACGUUAUGCAUCAUUUAUAUGCUGCUAAGUUCAGACCAUCCAAAGUGAAUAACAGGUGCUUUUCAUCCCUUAUUAUUUGCAUUUGUAUUCAACGUGGUUUCUCUUUUAAAGAUAAUAUCUGGACUUACAGUAUUACCUUCCCUUCAAGUCCCAUUGUGCAGGUCUGUCUAAAGAACACAGUGCACUGGAGUGUUAUCCUUUCUACACAUUAAAAAUCUUUUGGUAAUAAAUGUCAAACUCCAAGUAGUCA